UUAUUUACGGAAGUAGUUCUGUAAAUUGGCCACAUUUAUGGGGCUAGCUCAGCACCCACUGCCAACUCAGCACAUCGCGAACUCGGCACCUACCAACUCAGCACCUUGCCAACUCGGCACCUGCCAACUCGGAACCUGUACAAGAACAAGUCAGCAUGAAGCAACAAUCUGAUUGUGCACCCGGCCAACUCGGCAUCUCUGUUCCCUGAAUUGCCCUCAAGAUGGACCUGCCUGGUGGAGGAAUCACAGCACUUGCACAACUUCUCAAACCUCCUGACCAAGAAAGUGGUGAUGAGGAUGACAAGCCAGUGACUGCUUCAGCCAAACUCGGCCCAGGAGCAAUAGGCCUAUCUGCCAAGAGUCAAGCCGCUACAAAACACCAAGACACUUCGAAAAAGGAGAGCAAAGACAUCUGGGAUGCUGAUGAGGUUCCCGAGGGAGCAGAGUUUGAUGACACUGAUGACCCAAGACCUCAACCAGAAUAUGAUAUUAUCUUCAAGCAAGCAGUUACGACAGAAGACAUGUUUCUGCAGAUGAGCAACAAGACACCGAGCUCAGUCAGCUGUGAAGAUAUGGUGAUAAAGAUAAGUUUGCCAGACACAAAGAUGGCUGAUGUCGACCUGGAUCUCAAAGACAAGUUUCUCAGCUGCAGAACACCAAACUACAAGCUCGGUCUUCACCUACCACACCCCGUGGACAGCAAGAAUGGCAAAGCCCAGUGGAUCAGCGACAAGCAAACGCUGGUUGUAACAUGCAGGAUGGUUCGAGAGUAUGACUUCCUGACUGCGUGACCAACACAUGGCGCUAUAUAAGAUAUUGGCAGUUAAUUGUGUGAAUGCUAAAUUGGGCAUUAGCAGCACAUAGAAUCACCAUUUACAUAAAAUGGUUCAUUGUCAUUUCUGUGUACAAGGGUUUGAUAACAGAGUGUCAGAAUAUCUGCUUUGUUCACCAAAGGAACAUUCGAAGUGAAACGGAACUUGAGGUAUCAAGUGUCCAGACAAGUUCUUUGUAGCUUUGAGUGAUUCUAUCGUAUCAUUUCUUUCCUUGUGUAUACACAAAACAGGACUAUUUUGAUGAAACUGUUUUCGCAUUUGAGAUUUUUUCUAAAGAUUGGUUUUAAGAAAUAAAAGCUCAAGUGUAGAGGUGAACUUCAUAAACCCCUUAGUUUACUUAUUUUGGUUUAUAUUACUGACAAACAUGUAAUUUAAAAGCCUAAAAAUAGUGGCAAUUCAUUCAAAUCCGUCCUUUUUUAUGAAAAUGGAAGCAGUUUUGUUUUUAUAGUGGUUUUUGUACAUGUAUAUAUUUGAACAUUGAAAAAAAAA